AUGAGUAAUGAGAAGGGUGAAAUGUGUAGUCACUUAAAGAGUCAUAUUGAUGGAGGGUUUUCAUUUCCUCCGCAUAGAAAUGGGCGAUUAGCGCAAACGAGCACAAGUAAAUCUCUGUGGUCGAAUCAGGCUAACACCGGCUCCAGUGAGGAAGCAGCUGCCGUGCAAGAGCAAAUCAAGGCUCAGGAGGAUGAGUUUGAGACCUUCGAGCUGAAGAUUGUUCUCAGGAAAAACAGGCACUUGUACUUAUGUGAGGACAACAAUUUUCAAGUUUUUAACUCGGUUAUUGCUGGCCGCUAUCAUGUCACCGAGUAUAUUGGGUCAGCUGCUUUUGGCAAGGUUAUUAAGGCUCAUGACUUGCACACUGGCAAUGGCAUGGAUGUCUGUGUGAAGAUUAUAAAGAACAACAAGGACUUUUUUUAUCAGAGCGUUGACGAAAUAAAACUACUCAAGUAUGUGAACAAAUGCGAUCGUGCUGACAAGUACCAUCUUCUUCGGUUGUAUGAUUACUUCUAUUACCGUCAUACCUAUACGAAUUCCAUAAAUUCAAUAGAGAAUCUGGGGAAGAGGUAUAAACCACGAUGCCUAGUGUACAGUCAAUCAUGUUCAAUGCUUGGAAGCCUUCAAUUCUUGCACGGCCUUGGGCUCAUACAUUGUGAUCUGAAGCCUGGGAAUAUAUUGGCGAAAGCGACACAUACAAAUAUUUCCCCAAAAAACAUACUUUAUGAAAGGAACCAG